CCACUCAGCACCAAACACGAUGGACACACAAGCCAUCCAGUUCGGCAUGAUGGCAUCCCUUCGCACCAACAACAUCAUCGUGGACACACUCGUGUGCAUGCUGAUUCCAGCCCUGUUUACGGCGCUCGCCAAUUCAUCGACGCACUUUGGAACGUUCGUGGGUGUGCUGCGUCAGUACGUUGGGCGUCGUGACAGCCCUAGUGUCGUGCGCAAAAUCGAAACCAAACAAGCGUUCAACACGUGGGGCAAGGUCCACGACUCGGACGAGCACAACCAUAUUCUUCAAAAAGCCAUCUCGAUCUACCUCAGUCAGCACUUGGACUUGAAAGACCAAUCGGGGCGGUACGAGCUACUCGAGUCGGCCGCACCCGACAGCUCCACCGACCAAGACGACGACCACUCGUCCGAAGACAGCUACAACGACUGGAACGCGCCUGACGAGAAAGACCAACUCAAGAAACUGCAAGUCGGGGCGUUGCCACCUUUGAAUGCGUGGAUCCAAGUCGAAGACCAACUCUGCUUCAAACACGAGGUCGUCUCUGACGAGGGAAAUCCUGGGAAAGGGCAGCUGCCCAAACAGUCCACCGUGACGUUCUACUUGUCGAGCACCGCAUCCAACGCAUCCGAGCGUAUUGACGCAUUCGUCGAGCGAGCGUACGCCAAUUACCAAGAGCUGGUCCUGGCCAAGCACAAGCAAGACAAGGCUCGGUACUUAUACAUCGCAGACUCGGCCUCCAACAACAACGUGAUCCCUCUGUACAAGCGGUACGCGUUGGGCGAAGACAAGACGUUCCACAGCUUGUUCUUCGAGGAGAAGGAGUCGUUGCUGCACUUGCUCGACAACUUUGCCACCAAGAGCGGCAAGUUCGGCAUCCCCGGGUUCCCGUACAAGAUGGGUCUCUUGCUGCACGGCCCCCCCGGCACGGGCAAAACCAGCCUCAUCAAGGCCAUCGCGCAGCACACCAAGCGCCACAUCGUCAACAUCUCGCUGAGCAAGAUCAAGACGAACCAAGAGCUCAUGGACAUGAUGUUCGACCUCAAGUUUGGCAUCCAAGGCGAAGACUUGCCCAUCAAACUGGCCUUCGACAACAUCGUGUUUGUCAUGGAAGACGUCGACUGCGCCUCGAACGUUGUGCAUGCGAGAACAAGUGUCACGAACGACAUGUCGGGGGCUGCAACCACCACCACCACAGACAUCGAGUCGCUGGACGACGCAGCGCUGAGCAAGGCCCUGUCGGACAUUAUCAAGAGCAGCGGCACGAACGCUUCCAAGUGCGAGUCCAAGGACAAACUCAACUUGUCUGGGUUGCUCAACGUGCUGGACGGCGUCGUGGACAGUCCAGGUCGUAUCCUCAUCAUGACGACCAACCACCCGGAGAAGCUCGACCCGGCGCUUGUCCGACCAGGCCGAGUCAACAAGAAGCUCUUCCUCGGCCACAUGACGGCUCGGCAAGCGCAACUCAUGAUGGAGCACUACUUUAAGACUGCCCUCGACCCCAAACAACGCCUAACCGUCGACGAGGCGUUUGGCUCCAGGUCCGUGUCCCCUGCCCAAGUUGAGCAAUUAUGUGCUGAAUACGACGACGUCGGCGACGCGCUUGCGGCGCUCACCAACCUGUAGACAGCAUUGUACAUUAAGCCAUAUUUAUGACACAUCCCCCACCGAACAAUCAACGACCAAACAAUCAACGUUGUUGAGGCGAAGUUCGGCCAGUUAUACGCUUACAAUUUAGAAGAAGCUUCG